CCGCCCUGCAGCAACAGCUAUAGAAGCCGUCAGUGGACUCUGGUGUGUCCGAUGAGCCACACGUUUCUCUAUGGCUGAAGCAGAAAAUCAGAAACAACUUCUCAGGCUGAUUCAAGAAGGCAGACUAGACCUUUUCAAAGAGGAGUUGCAGAGAGACAAGGAAAUGGGCAAGGAAGUGAGGCGGAAACACUAUGGGAAAUCUGGGGACACGCUACUGCACUAUGUAGCCAGGCAUGGUCACCUGAAUGUUCUGACCCAUUUAGUAGAAGCCUUGGAAAUGGACAUCGAGAUGUUUAAUAAUGACUACAAAAGGCCCCUCCACGAAGUAGCUUCCAUGGGUCACAGGGACUGCGUGUUGUAUCUGCUGGAUAAAGGUGCAAGGAUAGACUGCUUGAAAAAGGCAGACUGGACUCCUCUCAUGAUGGCUUGCACCAGGAAGAACCUGGAGGUGAUUAAAGAUCUCAUUGAGCAUGGAGCAAACCCGUUGUUAAAGAACAAAGAUGGCUGGAAUUGCUUCCAUAUAGCAAGUCGAGAGGGUGAUCCCCAGAUCAUCCAGUACUUGCUCACUGUGUCUCCGAGCAGCUGGAACACAGAAAGCAAAAUAAAGAGAACUCCUCUGCACACGGCAGCAAUGCACGGCUGUUUUGACGUAGUGAAAGCACUUCUUGAGCGGUGCCCAUAUGAACCUGACAGCAGGGACAAAUGCGGAGUGACUCCCUUUAUGGAUGCGAUACAGAACGGGCACAUCGACAUAGCCCAGCUGCUUCUAGAAAAGCAUAAGGCCUGUUAUACAGCUGCAGAUGCAGUAGGUGCUCAGCCGUUGCACCAGGCAGCAGUCACGGCCCAGGACGAAGCCAUCCGCUUCCUUGUCUCUGAUCUCGGUGCCAAUGUCAAUGAGAGAGCAACGUCAAUCCAACUCACGGCGCUACAUUACGCAGCCAAGGAAGGACAUACAAGUACCAUCCAAACGCUGUUGUCCCUCGGCGCUGAUCUACAUGCUAAAGACGGGAAAAGUCGAUCUGCCCUGCACAUGGCCUGUGCGGGCCAGCACGCGGCCUGUGCGUGGCUUCUCCUGCGGGCUGGAUUGCAGGACUCCCUGGACGACACUGGAACAUUUGCACGGCAGCUUGCCAAGAAACCGGACGUCCUACAGCUUUUCAAGGGAAUAAAUGUUAGCACAUGAAACUGACAGAGGAGAGAAUAAAAGUUUGUUUUCAGCA